GUCGACCGGCGGCUCAGUCGGGCCGCGCGGGGCACCAUGGCGCGACGCGUCGCGGCGCUGGCUCUGGGGCUGCUGGUGACGCUGGCGCUGGCCAGCAGCACACGUGCCAAGCGUUGCUCCGACUCUGAGCACGAGUGUCCGCACGGUGGCCCAUGCCUGCCCAAGACGGCACUCUGCAACGGCUUUUCAGACUGCCCGGACGGCUCAGACGAGACCAAAUGUGGCGAGACAGACUGCGUCAACGGCAAGUUCACCUGCCCCAACGGCAAGUGUCUUCGCCCGUCCUGGGUCUGCGACGGUGACGACGAUUGUGGCGACGGUGCCGACGAGGCCGGCUGCGACCCGUCCACGUGCGGACCGGGCCGGAUUAGAUGUGCUGACAGUGGCCGCUGCCUGUCCGACUCCUGGCGAUGUGACGGCGAGAAGGACUGUCUCGACGGCAGUGAUGAAAUGGACUGUUCAACUGCCGUGACAUGCCCACCCGACCAUUUCCAGUGUGUGGAAUCAGAGCGCUGCAUUAGGAGUCGCUGGCGCUGUGACGGUCAAGAAGACUGUGGUGACGGGUCAGACGAGGUUGGCUGCGACCCGUCCACGUGCGGACCGGGCCGGAUUAGAUGUGCUGACGGUGGUCGCUGCCUGUCCGACUCCUGGCGAUGUGACGGCGAGAAGGACUGUCUCGACGGUAGUGAUGAAAUGGACUGUUCAACUGCCGUGACAUGCCCACCCGACCAUUUCCAGUGUGUGGAAUCGGAGCGCUGCAUUAGGAGUCGCUGGCGCUGUGACGGUGAAGAAGACUGUGGUGACGGGUCAGACGAGGUUGGCUGUGACAUCCCGACGACGACGUCCGCCCCGUCAUGCAAGUCAGGUCAGUUCUCCUGUGCCAACGGAAAGUGCAUCGCCGGCUCGAAGCGCUGUGACGGCGAAGAUGACUGUGGCGAUGAUGCUGACGAAACUGGCUGCGAUGCCUCCACGUCUUCGGGCUCACCUUGCGCGUCAGGUAAGUACAUGUUCACCUGCAACAACGGCAGGUGCAUCCCAGACUGGUGGCGCUGCGAUGGUGAGGAGGACUGUGAGGAUGGUUCUGAUGAGGCCGAGUGCGACGUUUCCACGACGACGACGACGACGUCUGUGCCGACGUGCGUGCUGACAGAGUUCACCUGUCCCAACGGCAAGUGUCUUCGUCAGUCUAGGGUCUGCGACGGCGAGGAUGACUGCGGCGACGGCUCAGACGAGCUCGGCUGCGAGGAGAGUGGAUGUGAGGAGAAUCAAUUCCGCUGUGCCAGCGGUCUGUGUCUGGCCGCCAUUCGCUGGGUCUGUGACGGCGAUGACGACUGCGGUGACGGCUCAGAUGAGCUCGGCUGCAGCAACUGCACGGCCGUUACCCAGUUCCUGUGCGACAACGGCGAAUGCCUGCGAACACGACGUUCUGUCUGUGACGGCAUCGACGAUUGUGGGGACGGUUCCGACGAGCGCAACUGCACGGCCGCCUGCUCAGAACAGCAGUUCUCCUGCGGCGGUGCCGAGUGCAUCGCGCUCUCGGCACGCUGCGACGGCGCUCUGGACUGUCACGACGGACGUGACGAGCUCAACUGCACCUCGUGUACAGACACCGAGUUUCGCUGCUCCAGUGGCAGCUGCGUGUCCCGCCAGAAGCUCUGCGACGGUACCAAAGACUGUGACGAUGGCUCCGACGAACUGGCGUGCAACGUUACCUGCAACGACGACCAGUUCUCGUGUGGCGACCGGUGCAUCCUGAUCACCAGCCGAUGCGAUGGUCGGCCGGAGUGUGCCGACGCGCGCGAUGAGGCCAACUGCCCCGACACCGGCUGCCGACAGCACGAGUUCCGCUGUGCCGAUGGACGCUGUCUGACGGCCGAGCAGCGCUGUAACGGAGACGACGAGUGCGGCGAUGGAUCGGACGAAGUCGGCUGUGGUAACUGCACGCUGGCCUCGCAGUUCCGCUGCGACAGUGGCCGGUGCGUGCCGGCUCGGUGGCUAUGUGAUGGCCAGGACGACUGUGGUGACAACUCGGAUGAGCGCGGUUGCGGCGCACCGCCCGCGUGUCCUGUCGACCAAUUCCACUGCUCCAGCGGCUCCGAUGAACCGAUCGACUGUAUCAUGCGGCUGUGGGUGUGUGAUGGCGAGAAGGACUGCGCAGACGGCUCAGACGAGGCCGACUGCGGCACCCUGGAGACGUGCGGCACCCACUUCAGCUGCGACUUCGGCCGCUGUGUCAGACCCGCCUGGGUGUGCGACAACGUCACUGACUGCCGUGACGGCAGCGACGAGGCGGCCUGCGGCACCGCCGGCACCUGCGGUGACGACCACGUCAUCUGCGGCGACGGCCGCUGCCUCGUGGCCGCCGCGCGCUGUAACGGAAUCGACGACUGCGCCGACGGUUCGGACGAGCACGACUGCGUCGAGCUGCUGGGACCGGACCCGCUGCCGGGCGGCGGCCUGAGGUCAGGUCAGGUGCAGCUGGCACGCCAGUACCUGCAGAGGGCCUACGUGCUGCUGCGGGCCAAGGAGACGCCCGCAGCCAUGCAGGCGCUGGCCAAGGCGAUGGUGCUGCUGCCGGUGACGGAGAGGCCGCGGCCUACCGUCGAUCCGUCCGCGGUGCCGCUGUCGGGGCUCCCGUGACCCUGACCGUAUCACCAACAACGUGGGGCAAGGGCUUUACUGUAUUCAUUUUGGCAUUACUCAGCUGCCUUGUGGUGGUUCAGGGUGGCCUUUUACAUGACGUCUUAUGAUCGCACGAAGCACUUUGGCAUUAUCAAGUAUCAACAACUAUCAACUGUGUAUGCUGAGAAGCAAUUGAACAUUGCGCGAAGUUGCAAGCUGGAAUUGGUAUACAGAACAUUGUUAACAGCCAGUUAUACCUAUGCAUUCCAUUCAGUUUGAUGCCACUGAGGUCCUGUAACCUGUUGCAUUCUUUGCUUUUUCCAGGAAUGGAAGUCUUUUUGUUCUUAGGCGUUGUCCACUAGUCAUGCCGUCAUAUUGAGGUCAUUACCAUGACGGCCGUGAAUUACAAUGUCUCAUUUUCAAUGACUAGCAGCGUCUUCAUGCAUCAAUCAUCGUUCGCCUUUGCUGAUGUGUUCAGUCUAUGACAAUAAAUUGUGAUCACCGCCGUGCAAAAUCGCAUUCCUC